AAAUUUUUUUCGAAUUUACUGUUUGAAAAUAGCAGAGGGAGAACAAGUAGAAAAUACGCAGUCGACAAUCUAAAGAGAGAGAGAGAGAGAGAGAGAGAGAGAGAGAGAGAGAGAGAGAGAGAGAGAGAGAGAGAGAGAGAGAGAGAGAGGCAGAUUCAAGUGCGUAUUUGCUACGAUCGAUAGGUAUUUGCUACGGUAGCAAAUACUCACUAGUAGGUAUUUGCUACCUUGGUGAGUAUUUGCUACGGUAGCAAAUACUCACUGGUAGGUAUUUGCUACCUAAGUGAGUAUUUGCUACGGUAGCAAAUACUCACUGGUAGGUAUUUGCUACUCGAGGUAGGUAUUUGCUACGGUAGCAAAUACUUACAGGUAGGUAUUUGCUACGUAAAUGAGUAUUUGCUACCGUAGCAAAUACGAACGGAAAGUUUUUGCGUCAAAACUAAGGACUUUGCAGCUAGUAAGGGGUACUUUAGUCCCGCUGCACGACUUCGUAUUAAUAGCCAGCGUUGCAAACUAUUUUAAAGUAAAUACAUAAUUAAAGGCCCAAGUAGGGCCAAAACAUGGUUCAGCAUAGAGAUCAUGGUUUAUGUGGAAACAACGCUUGGCCGGUGAAAUUAUUUUUGAAAGCUGUUUUAAAGAGGCAACCCGUGUAAAAUAAUAUAUCGUUAUAGAAAACUUAUCGAGAACUAAAUAAAACUUUUAAAACUAAGUUGAUACUUAACGGAAAAAAACAACGGCUUCUUUAGAAGCCAUCAAAUUUUAAAAAGUCUCAACCAAAAGGUACCAAACACAGCUGAUUGGUCUAAGAAUAAACCGAGCUGAGAGCCGAAGAAUCACCACACCCCGCGAUAGGUAACUGGUGUAACCAUCAUAUAGUGAUUUCACAUUACUUAAUAUGCAAUGUAACUGUUCCCAGCUCUAUACUAAAUAGCACUUCAUAGCCCUAUAUAGCCCUACAUAGCCCUACAUGGCCGUACAUAGCACUUCAUAUUCCUAUAUACCCCUACCUAGCUCUUAAAGACUGGUUUUCUAGCUAGAACGUUUGUACAUAGCGGUGCAUAGCCGUAGAAAGCAGGGAAUAGACGCGCAUAGCUGUACGUAAGCCCAAAAUAGCCGUGCAUAGCCGUGCACAGCCGUGCAUUCCCGUACACAGCAGUGCGCGGCCGUACAUUGCCGUACAUAGUCGUGUAUAACCGUGUAUAGCCGUAACGUAGCUGUACAAAGCCGUACAUAGCCGCGCACAGCAAUGCAAGGCCGCACAUAGCCUUGCAGAGCAGUACAUGGCCGUUAAUAGCCGUACAAAGCAGGGAAUAGUCCUGUAUAGGUGUACAUAAGCCCUACAAAGCCCUGCCUAUCCCCACAUUGCUGUACGGUCAUGCACGGCUAUACAGUGAGUGAGUGAAAACUUUAUUUACCCACGGUAAUCUUAUAUCAAAUAACUUUACAAUUAAGUAUGUUAUCCCUAAGGGCCAUGCAAACGGCUAGGUACGGCUACGCACGGCUAUGUACGGCAGUGUACGGCCAUGCACGGCAUUGUACGACCAUGGGUGACAAUGUACGGCUAUGCACGACUAUGCACGGCUAUAUAUGGCCAUGCACGGCUAUGUACGGCUAUGUACGGUUAUGUACGGCUAUGCACAACUAUGCAUGGCUAUGUCUGGCCAUUAACAGCUAUAUAUUGCUAUGUAUGGCUAUGUAGGGUUAUUAACGGCUAUAUACGGUUAUUUACGGCUAUGCACGUCUAUGUCAGCCAUGCAUGGCUAUGUGCGGGUUUUUACAGUUAGUACGGCUUUGUAGGGCUAUGCACGGCCUAUUUACGGCCAUGUACGGCUAUGUAUGGCCUUGCACGGCUAUUUACGGCUAUGCACGGCUACCUACGGCUAUGUACGUCUAGGCACGGCUAUGUACGGCCAUGCAAAGCUAUGUACGGCUAUGCAUGGCUACCUACGGCCAUGUACGGCUAUGUAUGGCCAUGCACGGCUACCUACGGCUAUGUACGUCUAAGCACGCUAUUUACGGCCAUGCACAGCUAUGUACGGCUACCUAAGACCAUGCACGGCUAUGUAUGGCUAUGCACGUCUGGGCACGGCUAUUUAUGGCCAUGCACAGCCAGCCACGGCUACGGCUAUGCACGGCUUUUCACCUCUAUGUAAGGCUUUGCUGAGCUAUGUAAGGCUAUGUACGGGUAUGUAACGCUAUGUACAGCUAUGCACGGCUAAAUACGGCUAUGCACGGCUUUGCACAGCUAUAUACGGCCAUGCACGGGUAUUUACUGUUAUGUAAGGCUAUGUACGGCUAUGUAGGGCUAUUUAGGGCUAUGAACGGCUAUUUACGGCCAUGCACGGCUAUUUACGGCUAUUUACGUUUACGUACGGCUUUGCAGGGCUAUGCACAGCCAUGUACGGCUAUGCACGGCUACCUACGGCUAUGCACGUCUAGGCACGGCUAUGUUCGGCCAAGCACAGCUAUGUACGACUAUGCACGGUUACCUACGGCCAUGUACGGGUAUGUAUGGCCAUGCACGGCUAUGUACGGCUAUGCACGUCUAGGCACGGCUAUGUACGGCUAUGCACGGCUAGCUACGGCUAUGUACAGCUACGAACGGCUAGCUACGGCUAUGUACGGCCAUUCACGGCUAUUUACGGCUAUGCACGGCUAUGUACGUCUAAGUACGGCUUUGCAGGGCUAUGUAAGGCUAUGUACGGGUAUGUAAGGCUAUGUGCCGCUAUACACGGCCAAAUACGGCUAUAUACGGCUAAGUAAGGCUAUGCACGUCAAUGUACGGCUAUGCACGGCUUUUCACCUCUAUGUACGGCUUUUCUGAGCUAUGUAAGGCUAUGUACGGGUAUGUAAGGAUAUGUACAGCUAUGCACGGCUAAAUACGGCUAUGCACGGGUAUUUACGGUUAUGUACGGCUAUGUAGGGCUAUGAACGGCUAUUUACGGCCAUGCACGGCUAUUUACGGCUAUUUACGUUUACGUACGGCUUUGCAGGGCUAUGUAUGGCCAAGUACGGCAAUGUACGGGUAUGUGCGGCUAUGUACAGCUAUUUGCACGGCUUUUCACCUCUAUGUACGGCUUUGCUGAGCUAUGUAAGGCUAUGUACGGCUAUGUAUAGCUAUGUACGGUUAUGUACAGCUAUGUACGGCUAUGAAGGGCUAUGCACGGCCAUGUGGGCUUAAGGCACGGCUGUUCACGUCUAUGUACGAUAAUGUUCAGCUAUGCACGGCUAUCUUCGGCUAUUUACGGCUAUGCACAGAUUUGUACUGCUAUCUAUGGCUAUGCAUGUACGGCCAUGCACGGCUAUUUACGUCUAUGUACGGCUUUGCAGGUCUAUGCAAGGCUAUGUACGGCUAUCUACAGACAUGCACCGCUAUGUACGGCCAUGCACGGCUAUGUACGGCUAUGCACGGGUAUCUACCGCUAUAUACGGCCAUACACAGCUAGGUACGGCUAUUCACGGCUAUUCACGUCUAUGUACGGCUUUGCCGGGGUAUGUAAGGCUAAUAUGUACAGCUAUGCACGGCUAAAUACGCCUAUGCACGGCUAUGGACAGCUACAUUCGGCCAUGCAAGGGUAUUUACGGCUAUGUACGGAUAUGCAUGGCUAUGUACAGCUAUGCACGGCUAUGUGCGGUUAUAUACGGCUAUGUAGUAGUAUGCACGGCUAUAUAGGAGUAUAUACGGCUAUAAGGGCUAUAUACGGUUAUGUACGGCUAUGUACGGCCAUACACAGCUAUGCAGCGCUAUGUAAUCCCUACAUAAGCGCUACUAAACCUUACAUAGGCGUACAGAACCCUACAGUCCUACAGAGCCCUAUAUAACCCUACGUAGCCAUAUGCAUAUAUUGGAACAUUCGUUUGGCAAAAUGUUUGAGCCGCUUUUUAAAAGUGCGCCGGUACGCCGUCCUGCGAAAGUUUAUCUCCUUCCUUACGACGUGCGGCUAAGAGAAUUUAUCAUCCUUGCAGUUUUUUGUAAAAGCUACAACAUUCUUCCUCUGAUAAGCGUCCUCCAGCUACAACCUCCUGUUUUGCAUGUGCACCCCUUCUUCAUGCAUUAAAAUUUUAGAUACGCGCGCAUCAUUUUUCUUUUGUCAGUGAGCGUAAUAUUUUGGGAGAACUGAGCCUUGCAAUUCCUUUUGUCUUUUUUGUUCAUUGACUAAAGUAAAAAAAAACGGUAAAAAUUUACAAGUAUGAUUUAUUAGCAUCAUGUGUGGCAUCAUAAGCUCGAGUGUGGGUCAUGCGAGCAACCGCGCGCGAGACUUCUCUAUUCGAACGAGGUACGAAUUUAAUAGACCAAAAUUGUACACUGUUUAUCCAGGCAUUCAAAGCCAGAUUGUCAUUUCCUGUCUGCAUGGCUUAAAGCGUGUAAGCCUUUAUAGUAUGCUAACUUUAGACCUUUUAGUCGGUGUUUUUAACUCCAGCCAAAAGUGCGCAAUAGCUGCAAACUGCAUCACGUGUUAUUUCCAAAUGUGUGAUAAAUAUAAUGGAUAUAAACCAGGUUAUAUCUCUGUUUUUCUUUUGAUGGUUGUUAUUUGUAAAUUGAACAUCAUCUUCCUUUGAUUUUCUUCCUUCUCCAAGACAUAACUUUUAAAUAAAUAGGAUUUCGAAAACUAAAGUGCGUAUUUGCUGCAAAAACAAAUAUCUGCUACCAUAUCAUCUGCAUUUUACACAGUUCCGUGUAAAAUAAGCUUCUACAGCGGGUAAUAUUCAUGGCUACCUUUAGCUGGCUGUGCCUUGGUUGGUAGGCAUCAUUAUGUAUUGCUUCUCUUCUUUUAUCACGACUUAACUUCGAAAUAAAUUACAUGUUUCUUUUCUGAGCGAAAACCAAAGUGCGUAUUUGCUGCAAAAACGAGUAUUUGCUACCUUAUGAUCCGCAUUUUACACAGUUUUGUGUAAAAUAAGCUUCUACAGCGAGUAAUAUUAAUGGCUACCUUUGGCUGGCUGUUCCCUGGUUGGUAGGCAUCAUUAUGCAUUGUUGAUCUUCUUUUAUCACGGCUUAACUUCGAAAUAAAUUACAUGUUUCUUUUCUGAGCUAAAACCAAAGUGCGUAUUUGCUGCAAAAACGAGUAUUUGCUACGGAAUAGGUUUUUGGAUAAAAAAUGCAUUCAAAGUGCUUUGACACCUCAAAAAUUGUUUCGGAAGAGUUUCUUUUGUGAAGCGCUUACUUUCCACAUAAAAAUUGGAGAAGGUAUCACAAAGGGUUAUUAUUUUUACAGCAAAUACGUUUUGGGUUGUCUAAAAAAAAUCUUGAGUCUGAAACUGGUUCCGAACAUGUACCUGAGAACAACGUUUAGUCCUUGAUUUAAGUUAAAGCAAAAUUGAAAAUAUUUCCAAACACGGAGGGGUUUAAUAGUAAUUCUUAUUACCCUAAGGACCUUACAAAUCCGUUUUGUUUGGCAAAUUUUACAAAAUUUUUGGUUGAUGUACCAAGAAAUGCGUAUUUGCUACGUUAAGUUGGUUUGAACUAGAAAAUAUUCUGGAAAAGUAAAAUAAAUUAGGAAAGGGAGAACGUAUUUUGGGUAUGUAAAAGCUUAGCUUAUUGGCUUGCCCAAAAGAAGUGAGGUUUGAUAUAUAAAACGUUUUAAAAUUUUCAAAAGGAGAAAACGUAGCAGAUACGGACAGAUGAAUCUAAAGAGAGAGAGAGAGAGAGAGAGAGAGAGAGAGAGAGAGAGAGAGAGAGAGAGAGGCAGAUUCAUGUGCGUAUUUGCUACGAUCGAUGGGUAUUUGCUACAGUAGCAAAUACCCAUUUUUCCAUUUAUGGGUAUUUGCUACCGUAGCAAAUACCCAUUGAAAUUUCGAGUGGGUAUUUGCUACCCAAAAUGGGUAUUUGCUACCGUAGCAAAUACUCACUGAAAUUUCGACUGGGUAUUUGCUACCCAUAAUGGGUAUUUGCUACCGUAGCAAAUACUCAUUAAAUUGUAAAGUGGGUAUUUGCUACCCAUAAUGAGUAUUUGCUACCGUAACAAAUACUCGUAGCGCUUAACAAGGGGCAUUUGUUACCAUAAUUAUGGAUAUUCGAUUCCGUAGCACAUUAUCAAACUUACAAGUGGAUACAUGUAUGUGCUGCCAACAAUAAGCAAUAAUAAUAAUAACUUUAGUACUGCUACACGACUUCAUAUUAAUAGCUACGGCUGCAAACAAUUUUUAAAGUACAUAGAUAAUUAAAAAAAGCUAAGUAGGGCCAAAACAUGGUUCAGCUUGGAGAUUUCUGAUUUGUAUGGAAACAACGCUUGAUGAAAUUAUUUAUGAAAGCUGUUUUAAAGAGGCAACCCGUUCAAAAUAAUAUAUAGUUAGAGCAGAACUUAAAGAGAAAUAAAUGAACUUUUUUAAAACUAAGUUGUACUUAAAGGGGAAAACAAUGGCUUCUUUAGAAGCCACCAAAUCUAAAAAAAAGUCUAUACCAACAGAUAGCAAACACGAUUAGUCUAAUAAUAAACAACUGAAUAUCUGACCCGAAAAACCACCACACCCCGCGGUUGGUGCGUGGUGUACCCAUCAUAUAAGUGAUUUCACAUUAUUUAAUAUGCAAUGUAACUGUUCCCAGCUCUACACUACAUAGAACUUCAGAGCCCUAUAUAACUCUACAUAGCCCUACAUAGCCCUAGAUAGCCGUACAUAGCACUUCAUAGCCCAAUAUACCCCUUCUUAGCUCUACAUGGCAAUAAUGGCCGUACAUAACCCUACAUUGCCUAAUAUCCGUACUUAGGAAAAUUCAACUAGUGGUCUAUUAUCAAUGCUGCGUUCUGAUUGGUUGAGCUAUUACUAGGCUAUAUGUUAUAGCCCACUAGUAGCGAAAAGUGCCGGCAAUUUGGUGGGCAAAAAUGAUUAAAGUGUAGCUUUAGCUAGCUAAAGUUGUUUCGUCUCAAUAUUUUUGACCAACUAGUUGGAUUUUACUAAAACAAUUAUUCCUCUCCCCCUCAUGGCCUCUGAGUCAAUAGCCAAUUUGGCCUUCGGCCUCAAAUAGCCUUAAAUAGCCCUAAAUAAACCUGCAUAGCCCUACAUAGCAAUAUAUAGCCGCGCAUAGGCGUACCUAAGCCCUACAUUGCCGUACAUAGGCCUACGUAGCCCUUCAUAGCCGUACAUAACCGUGCACAGCCGUGCAGAGCGGUACAUCGCCCUACACAGCCGUUUAUAGCCACGCUUAGCCGUACAUAAACUCUACAUAGCCUUAAACAACCGUACCAUGCCGUGCAUAGCUAUACAUGGACGUGCAUAGCCGUACAUAGCCGUACGUAGCUGUACAUAAGCUCUACAUAGCCUUACAUAGCCUUACAUAGCCCUGCAUAGCCGCCGUACAUAGCCGUGAAUAACGCUACAUAGCCGUGCAUAGCUGUUCAUAGCCUUACAUUAGCUCCACAUAGCCUUAUAAGGCCGUACCAUGCCCUGCAUAACCAUAUAUGGCCGUAUAUAGCCACGCAUAGCCGUACGUAAGCCCUGCAUAGCCCUACAUUGCCCUACAUAACCGUGCAUAGCCGUGCAGAGCAGUACAUCGCCGUACACAGCCGUUCGUAUCGACGCUUAGCCGUACAUAAGCUCUACAUAGCCUAGCAUAGCCUUAAAUAACCGUACCAUGCCGUGCAUAGCCGUACAAAGCCGUACAUAACCGUACAUAACCGCGCAUAGCCGUGCAAAGCCGUGCAUAGCCCUACAUAUAGCCGAACAAAACCGUGCAUAGCCGUGAAUAGCUGUGCAUGGCCGUACAUAAGCUCUACAUCGCGUUACACAGCCGUACCAUGCCGUGCAUAGCCAAGCAUGGCCGUACAUAUCCGUGCGUAGCUAUGCAUGGCUUUACAUAGCAGUGCAUAGCCGUACAUAAGCCCUAAAUAGCCUUUCAUAGCCGUACAUAGCCCUGCAUAGCCCUGCAUAGCCGUACCAUACCGUUCAUAGCCAUGCAUAGCCCUACAUAGCCGUACAUAACCGUACAUAAGCUCUACCUAGCCUUAUACAGUCGUUCCAUAGCGUGCACGGCCAUGUAUGGCCGUACAUAGCCGUACGUGCUGCCCAUAAGCCCUACAUAGCCCUGCAUAGCCGUGCAUCAGGGGCACCCAACGUCAAUGUUCGGAAAAUAUCUGUUCGGAAAACGAUUCGAGAUCUAGAAUUUUCGGAACAUUUGUUGUAAAAUUUCUUGCUUUCCUGCCUCUCCUAGGAUUUUCGAACAUCUGAAAAAUGGUAUAAUUGCCAAUUUUUAACGGAUUUUUACCCUAAAAAGGUCACCUAGAAUUUUCGGGAGCCUUUUUUUGGGCUGAAAGUUUCGAAAAGGUAAGUUUUAAUCCCUAAGAUUUUCGGAUCACUAGACUUUCAGCUAAGAAAUCUGAACAGAUGAAACAUUUUUAGGGGAUAAAAAUAUGCCUAUAUCUACCGUUUGAAUACUAAAAUACGUUUAACAAUGUUAUGCUUAAGUGUUUUUGAACUAUAUUCUCGUUGGGUGGCCCUGGUGCAUAGCCGUACAUAGCCGUUCAUGGUCAUGCAUAGCCGUGCAUAGCCCUACAUAGCCCUACAUAACCGUGCAUAGCCGUGUAGAGCACACAUCGCCGUACAUAGCCGUUCAUAGCCACGCUUGGCCGUACAUAAACUCUACAUGGCCCUACAUAGCCUUAAACAACCGUACCGUGCCGUGCAGAGCCAUGCAUGGCCGUACAUAGCCGUGCAUAGCCGUGCAAAGCUGUGCAUAGCCUAACAUAGCCGAACAAAACCAUGCAUAGCCGUAAACAGCCGUAUAUAGCCGUACAUAAAAUCUACAUAGCCUUACACAGCCGUACCAUGCCGUGCAUAGCCAUGCAUGGCCGUGCAUAGCCGCGCAUUGCCGUACAUAGCUGCGCAUAGCCGUUCAUAGCCGUGCAUAGCCGCACACAGCCAUCCAUAGCCACGCACAGCCAUAUGUAGCUGUGGAUGGCCGCACAUAGAAGUACAUAGCCGCGCACAGCCAUACAUAGCUGUGGAUAGCCGUGCAUAGCCGCGCAUGCCCUAAGACAGCCGUGCAUAGCCUUGCAUAGCAGUACAUAGCCGUACAUAACCGCGCAUUGCCGUACGUAGCCGUGCAUAGCCGCACAUAGAAGUACAUAGCCGCGUAUAGCCAUCCAUAGCCGUACAUAGCCGCGCACAGCCAUACAUAGCUUUGGAUAGUCGUGCAUAGCCGCGCAUGGCCGUGCAUAGCCGCGCAUGGCCGUCCAUAGCCGCGCAUGGCCUUACACAGCUGUGCAUAGCCUCGCAUAGCAGUACAUAGCCGUACAUAACCGCUCAUUGCCGUACAUAGCCGUGCAUAGCCGCACAUAGAAGUACAUAGCCGCGUAUAGCCAUCCAUAGCCGCACAUAGCCGCGCACAGCCAUACAUAGCUGUGGAUAGCCGUGCAUAGCCGCGCAUGGCCUUACACAGCCGUGCAUAGCCUCGCAUAGCAGUACAUAGCCGUACAUAACCGCGCAUUCCCGCACAUAGCCGUGCAUAGCCGCACAUAGACGUAUAUAGCCGCGCAUAGCCGUCCAUAGCCGUACAUAGCCGCGCACAGCCAUAUAUAGCUGUGGAUAGCCGUACAUAGCCGUGCAUGGCUGUGCAUAGCCGCGCACGGCCUUACACAGCCGUGCAUAGCCUCGCAUAGCAGUACAUAGCAGUACAUAACCGCGCAUUACCGUAAAUUGCCGUGCAUAGCCGCACAUAGACGUACAUAGCCGCGUAUAGCCGUAUAUAGCCGCGCAUGGCCGUGCAUAGCCUUACACAGCCGUGCAUAGCCGUACAUAGCUGUAGAUAGCCCUACAUUUCCGUACUUACCCAUACAGGGCCGUACAUGGCCGUACAAAGCCGUGCAUAGCCGUACAUAGCCGUGGAUAGCCGUACAUAGCCGUACAUAAUCGUGCAUAGCCGUGGAAAGCCGUGCAUAGCCCUACAUAGCCAAACAAAACCGUGCAUAGCCGCGCAUAGCCGUACAUAGCGCUGCAUAGCCAUACAGAGCCGUACGUAGCCCUAGGUAGCCCUGCACACCCGCACAUAGCUGUUCAUGGCCGUACAUAGCUGUAGAUAUUCAUACAUAGUGAAAGUAGGGUUUAUACGUCGGGUCGCGUCGUUAAGACUUAUGUUAGUUUCGUUUACGUGAAAUAAAAGUGACAGUAAGUAUAAUAAUGAACUGGAGAAAAACUAGUGAACAUUUCGUUAGUCUUAUCAAUUUAAUUUUUCUUAUAAUUAUUAACUAUCAAUUAAGUAUCGAAAGAAGUUCUCUUGUAUUUAAUUCACAAUCAUCAAUUUUUUUUUACACGGCGCCCAUGUUAUCCCUGAAGAUGUCAAAAAGCUUUUGCACCCUUUGCCUCUCUCUCAAGUUGUUGACUGCGAGACAACGCGCGCUGUCGGCAAGGUUGCUCUUUAGCGAAAUGUACACGCGUGUAAAAAGUAGCCUCCGUCCAUUCCCGUGCAAAGAAUGUGUACAACAGAAGCAAUGAUAAUAAUUAGUUCUUAACGAGUUUUCUAAAAGUUUGGAUAAUGUGUUAGCUUUUCUUUCUACAGCACAGUGUUCAUUCCUUCUGCUGUCAUGUGUUACCAUUUGUGAGCUCGUCAUUAAAGAAACACAAGGCUUGGGCUGUUUUGGUCGGAUUUGUCAGACGACCGAAAACGAUGUUUUAUAUUAACAAAUGAAAUGUAAAACUCUUGUGAUUUUAGUCAUGGAGAGAACAUUGUAUAGUAAAAAGUGAAAAUUAUUUUUAUCUGACAGCCUGUUUAGUGCUGGCACUGCAAAAUGCAGCUGAAAUGAGUUCGCUUCAGAAUGACGCAUGCUGGCAGAAAAAGCGCCAUUUGCUCAAGAAUAAAAGUUUGCGCGGCUAUCCGCAGGUUCCUUUUUGCACGCAUGUGAAUAUUGCGAAAACGUAACCCCCACUGUCUCAGUACCACUAAUCCAUGCUCAUAAAAAUUGCGCAGUAAAAUAAAAAUGAAUAAUAAAGAAUUAAAAUGUCAAUGACUACAAGUGUAUUAAACGUAUGAGAUAAACAAAAGGAAAAUACAGGUAUGGGGAAUAUAGUUGGUGAUUGAUGUUUUGUCUGAAAUAUGUUUUUCGCAAUGAAAAGUACGUUUUCCUCAAAAAAGGGAAAAUGGGUAUUUGCGACCCAAAUGGGUAUUUGCUGCGAAGUAAAGUUUAGCCAUUAAAUGCUUAAAAUAUAAAAAAAACAGCUCUUGACAGGUGAAAUGUACGUAAACCAUUAUGCGAAGCGAGUUGCAAACAACAGUGCUUGGAAAAUUCCCCCCCAAAGAGAAUUUUUAACUAAAAACUAUUGGGGGCACUUUCAAAAAAUCUUCAUGUUUCAAGUCUUGUUGAAGAUGUAGCUUACAACAAGAAAGAUUCGUAAAUUAAUGGUCUGGUAAAAAUGAAAAUAUUACUAAUUCCAGCGGUCUUUAGUAGCAAUUUUCCUUUUUUCGAGGACCUUUCAAACCGCUGUUUUUUUCGAAUUUUUAAAAAAAUUCCGUGUCUUGUACCUAAAAUUGAGUAAUUGCUACGUUGGUGAGGUUUGAUUGAAAAUAGUACGCGCCAAGUUUUAGGGCUGUGUCAGGAAAAUUGAAAAAGUUAGAAAAUGAUGCAUAAACUUUACUCUCCAUGUUUUUAAUGCGAACUUUUUUCGAAUUUACCGUUUGAAAAUAGCAGAGCGAGAACAAGUAGAAAAUACGCAGUCGACAAUCUAAAGAGAGAGAGAGAGAGAGAGAGAGAGAGAGAGAGAGAGAGAGAGAGAGAGAGAGAGAGAGAGAGAGAGAGAGAGAGAGAGAGAGAGAGAGAGAGAGAGAGAGAGGUUCUCGUAAUUAUGAUAGAAAUUUGA